AUGCGUAAGGCCAACGUGUUUCGACAUGAGUCGGCGCUCCCGCGUAUGUCGUGGUCCCCACGGAACUUGUACAACCUCAUUGCCCGCUCCACCAAACCGCAGCUUGUGAAUGAAACAACGUUCAAUAAGACGAGCAUGACCAUGUAUCAGCAGCGUUGGCGCUCAAAGCGGCUGCUACGUGGAUACCAUGGCGACUGGAUCCCAGAGAGACGCUUCAAGCGCUGGUUCCUUCCUAGCUCUUUACCGAGCUUCCAUCCUGCUAUCGCGCCGCAACUGAAGAAACUCGGUCACGAUGCGGAUGCGAAGAACGCACUGGACACGCCUACACCGCCUGUAAAGAGCCUGUUUGUUCGCGAUGUUGAGCGUCGCAUCGAUACAGUUGUAUUCCGCUGCUGCUUUGCGCACAGUGUCUACUAUGCUCGCUCCAUGGUACUGCAUGGCAAAGUAACUAUUAAUGGUACUGUCGUAAAGGACCCUGGUCAUCUCUUGCAAGAAGGAGACUUGAUUUCCGUGGAACCUGAGUGUAUUCCCAUGCUGAACAAGCAUGUCGCUAAACGCGUGCAGGCUGACCGUGAGCGCCUGGCACCAAAAUCGGAGCCACCAAAGGAAACUGCUGCUUCUGAAGAGGCGAACCCCACUGAAGAAGCUAAGAGCAAUGAAGCCUCUGAAGAGUCAACGGAGGCAACUACUUCCGCCAGUGAGACGGAGAACUCGUCGAGCACCGAAACUAGUGACUCUCACUCUGAGUCUACGCCUUCGGCCAAAUCUGAGACAGAGAACAACGGUCUUCCGCAAGGCGUUCUUCCCUUCAACCUGCCACCAUUUGCUGCUCCUUUCCUGUUUAUUCCAUCGUAUCUGGACGUGAGCUUCCGCACCUGCUCGGCCAUCUACCUUCACCACCCAAGCCUCACAACACAGCUUGUACGAUCCCGCGAUGGUGGUAACGCGAGUGCCAAGACCCAUUCCGAAUACCAGUACCGUACAGAAAUUCCAUCGCCAUACCCCGCCGGUGGCGACAUGUUUGGCCUGGCAUGGGAGCUGUAUGUUCGCAAUGCUCCGCGUGUUCGUGCUGAUGAGCGCCGCACGAAGCUUUUGGGUCGCUAUGGCCGUAACGGCUUUGAAGCUGCUCGUGCAUUCGAGCAGGACCGCCGUCGCGUGGCUAUUCGCCGUGGUUGGGGUCGCAAGCGUCGUAUCUCCUUGCCAGCUUCGCCUCUGAAGCGCUCGGCGACGAACUAA